AUGAACAAUCGCGUGCUCCUCCUGUUCGCCGUCUUGUUUUGCACGACGUCAUGUCUGGUGCUCGAGAUUCAAUUCAUGAUGCAAUGUGUCGCACACCGAAACGCUUGGAUUUACAAUGGAUACGGGUGCUGGUGUGGAAUCGGAGGCGCCGGACCAACGGUCGAUGGCAUUGACGGCUGCUGUAAAGCACAUGACAUUUGCUAUGAUAAUUUAUACAAAAAACAUGUUUGCUGGCAAGCACCGUUCGAAUAUUUUCCAAUUUAUACCUGGAAGUGUGUCAAUAAUACUGUUGAAUGCACGGGGCUGACUCCAUUUGGAGUUCAAGUUGCAAAUGAGUGUGGAGAGCAAUUGUGCGAAUGUGAUCGCAUUUUAACAGCUUGUUGGACGAAAUAUCGAGAACCGAAUGAGCGCCUGAAAUGCAAUCAUCCGCAGAGUUUCAAGGAAUAUCUUCAUUUACUGGCUGAAAAGCGAAGACCUUUUCUUCACCGCUAUAUUUGA